CGUCCAACCGCGAUGCCUGAGAUGUGCAUAUGGACCACCAUAUAUCUGCUGAAUAAACAUGGAGAGAGCGCAUAUGGCUGCCCGUGGGCUAGCGCGUCAGUCCGACUCAUCCAGGCGAUCUCGCGUCAUCUGUGGUCCCGACCCACUAUAUCUUGACCAAUCGCCGUCGUAAUUCCAAGGUAUUCCAUCUUGUCAGCAACCACCAUGUCCCCCACCACCGCGACUUUCAAGCUCUCUUCUGGCACCGAGAUCCCCUGGCUGGCGUGGGGCAACGGCUCGGGCGACGCGCGCAAGACUGCAGUCGAGUCUGGCCGUAUUGCGCUCGAGGCGGGAAUUCGUCACAUCGACACUGCGCAGGGGUACAAGAACGAGGACGCGACGGGAGAGGUCGUGAAGGGCUCCAACCUCAAGAAGGACGAUGUUUUUGUCACGACCAAGCUGUCUGGUCGUGCGGACGACAAGACCCAGCAGGGUACGCCUGAGUACGUCCACGGCGUGAACGACAUCCGCACCGUGGUCAAGGGAUCCAUCGAUCGCCUUGGCUUCAUCCCCGACCUUUUCCUCAUUCACAACCCCAACGUCGUCGCUCGAUCCGAUCUCAAGGCGACCUGGAGAAUCCUUGAGGACCUCAAGGACUCUGGAGAGCUGAAGGACAUCGGCGUCAGCAACUUCCGCCCUCAAGAUCUUGAGAUCAUCUUGGAGGACGCGCGCCACAAGCCCGUGGUGAACCAGCUCGAGUAUCACCCCUAUGUGCUUGCGCACCUCCAGCCCGUCCUCGACAUCCAGGCGAAGCACGGCAUCCUCACUGAGGCUUACGGCCCGCUCACCCCUCUGCUCCGUCACCCGACGGGCGGUCCGCUGAAGCCCGUGCUCCAGCGCAUUGCCCAGCGUAUAUCUGCUGAUAACAAGUCCCUCACCACCCCCAUCGACGCUGUCACGGUUCUCCUCCUUUGGACGCGCGCGUCGGGCGCUGUAGCGGUCACCGCCUCGGGCAACCCCGACCGCAUCCGCGGCCUCGCCGCCAUCGCGCACCUCCCAGGCGACCUCCUCAAGCCCGAGGAAGUCGAGGAGAUCACCCGCGUGGGUAAGACGGUGCACUACAGGCAUUAUCGCGAGCACAUGACGGUCGACUUCCCGGCACCUUCGCUCCCCGAUGGCACGAACUAAGGGCUCAGCCGCUGCAUUUCAUCAAGUGUAUCAAAAGGCGCCUCGAAGGAAGAAGGGGCUUGAAAACGAAGGUUGAAUCUGUAAGGUCUGAACGAACGAAUCAUGAAUGUACUUAUGCCAUAUGUAACCGAGGCUUGUCGAACAGAAGUGGUUAGUGAGACCCUCGCUAUAACCACAAGCGGAAAUAUCUGUGACCAGCCUCAAGAGAUGAGCACCCACGCGCGAGUGGAAAGGCCCACACUUUGCGGAACAGAAGCGAAGUGAUAGCCCUCAAACGGCCGUUACGCAGACAAUGAGCAUAUCGAUUCAUCGGUUACAAAUGUGCAUAAAGGGC